AUGGAACCACCACCACCCCCUCCUCCCUCAGCUACAGGAGCAGUCUCCCUCCACAGGCUACCCAUCCUUACCUCUGACGAGCUCUCCAAGAAAGCAUUUGGGCCCCUGCAAAAGAGGAUCAACUCUGGGGCUGACGUGUCGUUUUUCCUGACGUCGAGGGCGUAUAAAGAGUUGAUGGUGUGGAUUAUGCAGUUGAAUCACUCGCUUAUUCCGAGACUGUCGCCCGAUACUGCGAGACCGGUGUGUUUUCCGCUGGAACCGGGGAGAAGAGAGUGGAGCGAGCCGGUGAGAAGGUUAAGGGAAAUGUUGGGGGGGUGCGAGGAGUUGAUUUUGGAAGCACCACCCGAGGAGAACAAGAACAGGAGGUAUUUGGAGGUGGUGAGGAAGUUGAUAACGACUUACACGCUUGAACCGGCGGGAUCGCAUGGGGUGUGGGGGUUGGAUGACCACAGUUUUGUGCCUUAUAUUUUUGGGUCGGCGCAGUUUACGAAACCGAUUUUGGGGAGUAGGACGGAGGCUACGCCGGUGGAGGGGUCAUGUCCGGGGGCGCCGAAGCCGGCGAGUGCGGUUGAUAAACAGACGGUGGAGGAUUACAGAAGGAGUAAUAUGUACUUUGGGGCGAUUGGGUUCAUCUACGAUGUGAAGAGGGGGCCUUUUUGGGAGCAUAGCCCGAUGCUGUUUGAUAUUAGUGGGAUUAAGGAUGGGUGGGGGAAGAUUAAUAAGGGGAUGGUGAAGAUGUAUCGGGCCGAGGUGCUGGGGAAGUUUCCGGUGGUGCAGCAUUUUGGGUUUGGGGGGUUGUGGGCGUGGGAGGUGGACCCGGAGAUGGUCGGGGAGAGGAGUGUGCAUUUGCAGAGUCAGCCGGUGCAAAAUCAAGCACAGAGUUUGGGGCAGGGCGGAGGGGAGGUGGGGACGAAGGCUCCGUGGGCGAGGGGAGCUAUGGGGGGCAUAUCUGGCGGGCAGGUGAGUAUGCCUAGGCCGAUGGAUGGGGGGGUGAUGGCGCCGACGGGGUUUCCGGGGCGGCAACCUGGGAUGGGGACGCCGACUGGGCUUCCAGGGAGAGGACAGGUGCCGACGCCGAGGGGCGGGAUACCGAAUACUGGACCGAUGGAGCAGACGAGUUUUCCGCGGGGAGGGGGGAUGCAAGAUAGGGUUGGGGGGAAUCAGUUUAGUGUCACCAAGGCUCCUUGGGCGAAGGACUGA